GGGCCGGGGGGGGGAGGGCGAGGGGGCGCGGAGCGGGGACAAAGCGCAGGGGCCGUCAGGUGGUGAGGGCGAGGGGGCAGCCAUGGGGGUGCAGGACCGGCCCCAGUGCUUCUUCGACAUCGAGAUCAACCGGGACCCAGUUGGUCGAAUUAUGUUUCAGCUGUUCUCAGAUAUAUGUCCAAAGACUUGCAAAAACUUCCUUUGCUUGUGCUCAGGUGAGAAAGGAAUUGGCAAAACAACUGGCAAGAAGCUGUGUUACAAAGGCACUACGUUCCAUCGCGUGGUUAAAAACUUCAUGAUUCAGGGUGGGGACUUCAGCGAAGGUAAUGGAAAAGGAGGUGAAUCUAUUUAUGGUGGCUACUUUAAAGAUGAAAACUUUAUUCUCAAACAUGACAGAGCGUUCCUUUUGUCAAUGGCAAACCGAGGGAAACAUACCAAUGGUUCCCAAUUUUUCAUAACAACAAAGCCUGCUCCUCAUCUCGACGGCGUACAUGUUGUCUUUGGACUGGUUAUUUCUGGGUUUGAAGUAAUAGAGCAAAUAGAAAAUCUGAAAACCGAUACUGCCAGUAGACCCUAUGCAGAUGUACGAGUUAUUGACUGUGGGGUGCUUGUUACAAAAUCAGCAAAGGAUGCUUUGGAGAAGAAGAAGAAAGUAUGCUCUGAAUCAGAAGAGUCAGAAUCCUCCUCCAGUGCAUCAAGCUCUUCAGAAAGUUCGUCUGAAAGCGAAGCUGAAAAUGAAAGAAGCAGAAGAAGAAAGCGUAAAAGAAGAGCUAAAGCAAAACAAUCAAGAAAACGGAGAAAGGAAGAGAGGAAAAAAGAGGAUUCAAGAUGCAAGCGAACCUCAAACCAAAGAUGCAGCCUUUCUGACAAGAGCGACGUAACCGAAAAAGCAACUGAUGUUAGCACGAAGAGGGAUAAGCCUGUCGUACGUCCUGAAGAAAUUCCCCCAGUGCCUGAAAAUAGAUUUUUGCUAAGAAGAGAUGUGCCUGUUGUCAACGCAGAACCUGAGCCGAAGCUUCUUGAUGCUGCACCAGUUCUAACAGACCAGAAACCAUCAGUCUCUAAAUCCGGACGAAAAAUUAAAGGAAGAGGCACAAUACGGUAUCACACCCCGCCUCGAUCACGGUCGUGCUCUGAAUCCGAUGAUGAUGAGAGUAGUGAGACUCCUCCGCACUGGAAAGAGGAAAUGCAGAGAUUACGAACAUAUAGACCACCUAGUGGAGAAAAGUGGAGUAAAGGCGAUAAGUUGAGUGACCCAUGUACAAGCAGAUGGGAUGAAAGAAGUGCAUCACGGAGAUCAAGAUCUUGGUCACACAAUGGCUAUUCUGAUCUGAGUACUGUGAGAUACUCCAGCCACCACAAAAAGCACAGAAAAGAGAAAAAGAAAGUGAAACAUAAAAAGAAGUCUAAAAAGCAGAAGCAUUUCAAGAAGCACAAGCAAACUAAGAAAAAGAAAGCAUCAGCUUCGUCAGAUGUGGAAUCCUCACAUUCCUUCGUCAGGAGGAAGAAAUCAUCUUGUGAUCGUGAGAGGAAGUCUCGUUCUUCUUCAUCGUCUUCUAGGCAUUCAUCCAGAAGAGACUGGUCUAAAUCUGAUAAGGAGGACCAGAGUUCAUCGACUUUAUCAAGCAGAGACACUCGGUCAUACUACAGGUCCAGGUCCAGAUCUAGGUCUAAAUCAAGGUCUUAUUCUCGAAGUUCCAGAUCAAGAUCAGCCUCUAAAUCGUCACGUUCCCGAAGUAGAUCAAGAUCAAGUCCUAGCCCUCGGCAUCAAAAGACUGUUUCCAGUUCUCCACGAAAUACUUCAACACGAUUAAAUGAAAACAAGCUGAACAAGACUGCUGACCCUGUAAGAGCAGUUAUAUUGCCAACUGAUAAAGUUGUCAUACCACCGGUUGUCCCAGAAAGUCUCCCUGUCAUACCCUUAAGUGAUAGCCCACCACCCUCAAGGUGGAAGCCUGGGCAGAAACCAUGGAAGCCAUCUUAUGAGCGAAUUCAGGAAAUGAAAGCUAAAACAACCCAUUUAAUACCCACCCAAACUAAUUAUAAUGUAGUUGUUAUUAAAGAGGCUAACACUUCUUCCUCGUUCCGAAAGCGACAAAGGAGUUCAGAUAGCGAUCGAAGUGGUUAUUCCAAAUAUCGUAGCGAUAGAAGCUCGGAUAGUUGGCCGCGAUCGAGAAGCAGGUCCUCCCGAAGCAGGUCAUACUCAAGAUCUUACACCAGAUCUAGAAGUCUGUCUAGCUCAAGAACAAAAUCUCGUUCCUCUGGUAGAUCACCGUCACCGAGUAAAUACCGCAGUGACAGGUCGGGUUAUAGCGAGUCAACAUCUUAUUAUUCCCUUAGCGAUGAUGAUAGGCACAGAAGCAAAAGAAAAUCUACAUCGGGUGAUCAGAACGCUUCGUCUCUUAAACUAAGGCAGGAAACAAGCUCUGAAAGCACUCUCCCUUAUAAAUGUACAAAAGACUACGAUGAGUCUUCUCAAGGACUGAAAGAGAGUGACAGUUUAUCGUCUUCAGACUUCUCUACUGACAGCGAGCAUUCCGGCAAGGUGAAAGGAGCCCAAGAAAAGGAAGGCCAUUUUCAGUUAGAUGGAGAUGCUCAGCAGCAGGAUAAAAGCAACUUAAGUUCGGUGAGAGGGGAGGAGAAAUCCAAGUGUGAACGGGAUGCUGAUCGUUCUAAAAACAAAGCCAUUAAAGAGAAAUCGUCUGAGCAAGCUAGAGGCGGUGCAAAAAGUAAACGAAAAUCCUAUUCAGGUAGCAAAUGGGACUCUGAGUCAAACUCAGAAAGGGGAGAGGCUAGGCGUAGUAGGGCAGAAUCCAGACCCUCAUCUGGUAAAGAGGAAGGAGAGGCCACAUCAGGAUCUGAUACAGAACUUAGUGUUACCAAAAGGAUAAAAAAAUCAAAUUCCUCAGAAGGCUUUCUGGAUUCCGAUUGUACGUGGAAGAUGAGCAAACAGUUGUCAUCUUCCGAAUCUGAGAGUUCUCAUUCUAGCACAACAAAUACUAGAGGAAAGUCAAAAAAAGCCAAACAUGAAUCAAAAAAAAAUCUUAAAAAGUCACAUUCCAAAAAAGCAAAAGAAAAAUCCAAAGGAAAAAAGGAGAAGAAACACAAAGUUCAGAAAAGAAAAGAAAUGUUUCACUGGCAGCCCCCGCUGGAGUUUGGUGAAGAGGAUGAUGAUGAUAUAAAUGAAAAGCCAGUUAUCAAGGACGAUAAAAAAGAAAAGCAGCUUACCGGGGACAUAAAGGAUAAAAAACAGCAAGCUUCUGAAAAGAAUGAAGUAGUCAAAGACAAAAUGGGAAAUGGUGAAAAGCCUUGUACGGAUGAAAACCUUCCAGGUAAAAGCACUACUGAUGCCUCACCAGAUCACAGUAACCUUAAUAAAGAUAACGUUGAUCCAAACGUUUCAGCCAGUGUUUUAAACUCAGGAAUAAAAGUGACUGCUUGCAAGAAUGACACUAAACAAGCUGAAGAAAGAAACCAGAAUGGGUUGGAGGAUGUUGUUCAGACAGAUGACAACAUGGAGAUUUGCACUCCAGACCGUAACUCACCAGGGAAGGUGGUUGUGGAUACAUCUCCUGUCAUUCUCACUGGCAAACCUCAGGCUUUAAGUGCUAGUAUAAACAAAGAUUUACAGCCCCCUGAACCAGAUGCUGUCAAAUUAGGAAACAAUGUUAUAGACUUGGUUAAUAUUAAAGAAGAAAAAGAAAUAGGGAAGCAAGAAAAUAACUCCGUCCCUGUGUCUAGCACAAAAGAUUGUAGUUUAAAAAGUGAAAUCACCGAAAAUACACAAAGCAAUCCAAUCGAUAAUAAAUGGAAGCCUCUGCAAGGUGUUGGUAACUUGCAACCAGCUACAAUUAGUACUGCCACAGAAGUAAAGAAUGUAGCUUCAGCACCAGAGCCUAAACCAGCAGGUUUAAGGAUUGAAAUAAAAGCUAAAAAUAAAGUAAGGCCUGGAUCUCUGUUUGACGAAGUUAGGAAAACAGCACGGUUAAAUCGAAGGCCAAGGAACCAAGAAAGUUCCAGUGAGGAAGAGUCUCCAAGUAGAGAUGGCAAUAGCCCAUCCAGGAGUCUCAGUAGGUCACGAAGUAAAUCUGAAUCUAAAUCCAGACACCGAACGAGGUCUCUAUCUUACAGCCAUUCCAGAAGUCGAUCCCGAAGUUCUACAUAUUCGUAUAGGUCAAGAAGCUAUACAAGAAGCCGAAGCAGAGGCUGGUAUAGUAGAGAUCGGUCAAGAAGUCGAAGUAGUUCCUACCACAGUUACAAGAGUCGUAGCCGAACCUAUAGUAGAAGCAGAUCGAGUAGUUCCUAUGGCCAUCACAGCCGAUCCAGCAGGUCGUACACUUACGAUAGUUACUAUAGCAGAAGCCGAAGUAGAAGUAAAAGGAGCGACAGCUAUCGGAGAUCUAGAAGUUACGAUAGGCGAUCCCGAUCGUAUGGCUCUGACAGUGAAAGCGAUCGCAGCUACUCCAACAACCGAAGUCCCAGUGAAAGCAGUGGGUAUAGCUGAAAAUGUUUCUCUGACGAUUGAAACCGUAUUUAGUAAGUUUGUCAGUGUUACGUUUAAAAACAGAACUGUUCUGAGGAUGUCACAAGUGAAGCUGAAGGAUGUUUACUGAGCUAGCUGACACUUUACCAUUUAUCAGUGCACUCACUUGACUGACUGCAUACUGAAGGAGAGAAGUACUGAAGCUCAACCCAACAGUUUUUUACGUCAAACGCUACUUUUACAGAAUAGAAAAAAAUGGUUUUAUUUCCUCGAGUCGGAUAUUCCAAGCCAUGAAUGACACGUAGGUGAGUUUGCUGACACCACUUUUCUCGGUGCGGCGACCAGUACUGUCUUCAAGUAUGUUUAUAAACACCUUAAGGCUUUCUGCCUGUUACUGUUCGAUACGUUAGCAACUAUAAAACUGUGAAGAACUUCUUACUGGCAUUUCUAGUUUAUUAAAAUGGUUUUUUUUUUAGAGCUGGAAGGUGGGUUCCAUGCUGUCUUGUUUGACUGUUGCGUUAUAUAGAGUAUAUAUACAGCAGCUAGUUGAUGAAAACAAAGACUGCCACGAUGUCUUAAUCCUUCCUGUGCUGUGGUGUUACAGAAGUCUGCUCAGAAGGGUGAGGUUACACACAACAGGAAUUGUCAAACUGACAAGCAGCGAGCGAAAGUGUGAUGAAUUAGUUUUGAUCUCAAAAUCCAACCUGUCUAAACUGUUGCAUUUAAAAGCCAAGUUUGUGAUCAACUGCAACGUUCUUUAGAGGCUAAAGAAGUGUUUCUGAGUGGUCCCAUUUAAAUUCCUACUGCAGCGCUUGGCGUACUUCAACACGUUUUGAAGUUGAAUGGUGUAAGCUGGAGUAUAUCAGGAGUUGGUUCGGAACACUUCUUAAAAACCUAAGUGAUGAUUUUUGAGAAAAUAAACCAUAAUGGUUCCUCUGUAAAAUGUCUGUAGAUGUAUCCCAUUUGCCAGAGGGAAUAUCAGUGUGCAGGUCCUGAAUUAUAUAUUGUUAAAGUGAAAUGACUACAAAAAUACUGGUAUGCCUGAUAAAAAGUGUGGGAAGUACUUUCCAAGUGAAGUUUAAUACCAAAAAUGACUGCAUAUUACAGGUAAAUGGCUUGCAAAAAACGUAGACUUAAAGCUGAAGAGCAUCGUUGUGUUUUUUUUUUUGCCAAUGUUCUGAUUGAGUCAAUUUAAAAUGAUUUAUAAAGUUUUUCAGUGUUUAGAAAGUUGUAUACUGAGAGACCGUUUUUUAAUGGCAUAAUGUCGUACCCUGAAACGCGGGGUCUGUAGUAAAAACAGAAACAUAACUAACGUAGCUUUAUUAGAGCUAAUGAGUACUGUUGUAUUAUAACUACUUUCAAUACUGACUUUCUGUAAUACCUUUAGUUUUCUUGAAUGUUUUCAAACCUUGAAAACGAUUUUUUAAUCUCAUCAGGACCCAACAGCUCUGAAAAUGAAAAGUAGACAUUUCUUGCUUAGCCAUCAAUUCAUACUGCUUUUUUAUUGAAUUAAGCUACUCCAAAUUAGCUUUUGGUACACUUCUGAAACAUGAAAAGGAAGCUCAAAGUGAAAUUUGAAGGCUGUGAUGAUGCCCUGCACGUCCGUACACGAUCAGCUGAGUAAGACGUUUGUAUGCAGGUUCCUAAAACUGAACCUGUCAUACAGUUUUCUCCCUUUUUAGGAGAACCCAAAGUCCUGAACUUAAAUUCCUGCUCUUGUAAUUCAAUGAAAAAUUGCUUGCACGUAGUCCUUGCAGAUCAGUAUUUUGUAAGGUUCUUAUAAAUGUACUUAAUGUUCAAAUGCUUUACUCAAAUCAGUAUGUUUGCAGAUUUCUUUUUGAACGGUAGCAGCCAUUUCAGAGUCUCAAAUAAAUAUUUCUUUGCUAACUCAAGGUAAUGUUUGUCGCAGUUCCGUAGCUUUAAGUAAUUUGUUUGUUCCCCUACAGAGAAAAUAGCACUAGUGGGCUAAUGGUGGAACAAAAGUUACAAAUCCAAGCCUUGUCACUCAACGUUUCCUCAAACAAAAUUGCUCCAGAAUCUGAUUUUGUCACGUUUCAGAUCUAAGUUGAUUUUUUUUUUAAGGCCAGGAAAAGGUAGUGAAAUAGAUACGUUGUCGAUCAAUUGUAUUGUCCAGAACCGCUGCAAUGUUACCGAUGCCUAUUUCAUAUCUUGAAUUAAAGCUUUAUAAAGAAGUUCCAUCUGGUAGAUGGGUGGGGAGGGAUGCGAGGGAAGGGGGGGGGGGGGAGUAUUUUUACUUGGUGAGUUCUGUUAAAUUGUGCUUCAAAUAGGAAAUGCACCACGGAGCUGGUUUUCUAAUGUCGGUCUGUUUUUGCAAUUUUGUUAUUCAAAAGUAGUUGCUGUUUGUAAAAUAAACUUUUGUACAUACCUG